UCCCACCUUCCUGUCCAGCCCAAGCUUACGUAUGAACCGACGCGUCUAGCUUCUGCUGCCCUACGUACAUCAUAUCCGCUCGUCCCAAGUCUGGUCUGCCGGCUCUAGGCAGCAACCCCUCGAUGGAUCAGCACGACGACUUCGACAGCGUCUCAUGGAGGCAUGAGCCGGACAGUGAUGUCUCGCGGCCCACCACCUCAGGAACCGAUGCGGAGGAAUCGCCCGCAUACACUCACGAUGUCAAUGGCAAACGAAGGAUGAGCUCCGCUCAAGAGAACCCCCAGGCCGGUUCACUGGCCGAUGCCGUGGACCUGGCAGGUAUCGGCGACGGCGUGCUGGAAUGUCUGGUAGACUCGCCUUUGAAAGAGAACGAUGGCACGAAAGACGCAUACAUUUCGUAUCUUGUUACUACUACGACCGAUUUCAAGUCCUUCCAGAAGCCCGAAUUUACCGUGCGACGCAGAUUCACAGACUUUUAUUUCUUAUACAAGACGCUCUACCGGGAGUAUCCCGCCUGCGCCGUCCCGCCGCUGCCGGAUAAGCAUAAGAUGGAGUAUGUACGAGGCGAUCGGUUCGGUCCCGAAUUCACCACCCGCCGGGCAUGGUCACUACAUCGCUUUCUGAAGCGUCUCACCCUACAUCCGGUGCUUCGCCGGGCUCCGUUGCUUGCGAUCUUCCUGGAGUCCCCCGACUGGAAUGCACACAUGCGAUUGAGAACAACUCGCAAUUCGAACAGCACCUCGGACGGCAGCGGAGUCCCCGGGAUCUUCGAUAACUUCACAGAUACCUUUGUGAAUGCGUUCACGAAGGUGCACAAGCCGGACCGUCGGUUCAUCGAGGUGCGGGAGAAGGCGGACAAGUUGGAUGAGGAUCUCAACCACGUGGAGAAGAUUGUGGCUCGGGUGGCCCGACGGGAAUCGGACCUGGAGGCAGACUACAAUGACCUCGCGACACAAUUCCGCAAACUCGUGCCCCUGGAGCCAGGGGUGGAAGUCCCGUUACAGGUCUUCUCCGCCUCGGUGGAAGAGACGGGACGAGGGCUCAAGACACUCAAGGAUCACACUGACCAGAACUACCUGGGGUCCCUCCGGGAUAUGGAGGCGUACAUCAUCUCCCUCAAGUCGCUCCUGAAGACGCGCGAGCAAAAACAGCUCGACUUCGAAGCGCUGGUCGACUAUCGGAAUAAGGCGGUGGCGGAGCGGGACUCGCUGGCGUCCAACCCAUCAUCCUACUAUGCGUCCAACCCACUGACCUCCUCGCCGGCCUCGUUCAUCCGGUCCAAGAUGGAAGACAUGCGCGGCGUGGACCAUGAGCAGUCGCGGCGCGAGCGGGUGCGGAAGCUGGAGCUCCGGAUCGACGAGCUCACGCGCGAGGUCGAGUCGGCCAAGACGACGUCGGAGAUGUUUGACGAGGAGGUGGUGCGGGAGGUGGCGGAUUUUGAGCGGAUCAAGGCGGUUGAGUUCCGGGAUACGCUCGGGGCCCUGUCGGAGAAGCACAUUGAGUUCUACCAAGGGGUGCUGAACACGUGGGAGCGGUUCGUGGCCGAGAUGGAGGGGGAUUUGGAAGAGGACCAUGGGGACUUGGGCCCGGCGGAGAGCCGGUAGGUUGGCAUGGGGCGGGUCUAUUGUUUACGAUUGCUUGAGUGAUGUCUCACUAGCCUCUUCUCACGAGAGUUCCCUUUUUCUUCCCGGCGGGAGACUGUUGAUUCCAUGAAUGUUACGACGUCUGUAUUCAUUCUGCCCAUACAAGAAUCGGAGACUCCAGUAGCGAAACCGGGUCUGGUGUCCAUGUCAACCCCCAACGAGGCGAUCUCUGGCCCUCUGGCUCUCCGCCCACUCCAGAUCUAAGGGACUGGGAUCCCGCUGGCCCCGAGGAUCCACCACGGCCGGAUCUAGUGCGC